AAUGCCAGCAUUGCUUGGCAUCGAGGCAGCCGAGUCAAUAAUAUUACCUCAAAACAAAUAUGAAACAAACAACUAAAUUCACUUAUAAUUGGAUUUUUAAUGGCCAAAACGCUUUUUUCAUAUCAGAACCACGUUGAUUACAUGCAUUAUUUGGAUACUCUCAAAGAAGAUUUCAACAAUAAGUAUAGCGAGCCAGAAAAAUACAAAGGAAAGUGUGAAGAUUAUGAUAUCAUAAAGAAUAUCGGAAGUGGUGCAUAUGGUGAAGUGUAUUUAGUAAGAAAUAAAAAUACUUUAUGUUAUCGUGCCAUGAAAGUAGUGGAGAAGGCUUCGGGAGUCGAAUCGAAGUCUGUCACCAAUUUAAUCGCCGAAAAACAUAUUCUUCAAGCGAUCAGGUUUCCGUUCAUUAUACCCUUGGACGAGGCGUUUAAAGAUAAUGUUUAUGUUUUUUUUAUAUUUCCCCUUAUGUUUGGUGGGGAAUUAUUUGAGAAUUUACAAAGUGUUGGCAGUUUCUCGGACAAUUUGGCGAAGUUUUAUGCCAGCCAAGUUACUUUAGCGUUAGAAUAUCUACAUCAUUGUAAUAUAGUUCACAGAGACAUAAAACCGGAGAAUAUUUUGAUUGCUUCUAACGGAUACAUAAAAUUGUGUGAUUUUGGAAUUGCAAAAGUAUCUGCCAAAAAGACUUACAGUCUUUGUGGUACACCGGAAUAUUUAGCACCAGAAGUUAUAUCCUCUAAAGCAUAUUCUUUCCCAGUAGACUGGUGGGCUCUAGGUAUUUUAAUAUAUGAAAUGCUUUCUGGAUAUCCUCCAUUUUUUGAUUCACAACCGGCGAAGAUAUACGAUAAAAUAUUAGAGGGUCAUUACAAAUGUCCAAAGUCGAUUAAUUCGGAUUGUAGAAAUCUUCUUAAAAGUCUUUUACAGGUGAAACCGGCAAAGCGCAUCGGUUCUUUCAAAAAUGGUGCAUACGAUAUUAAAAUUCAUCCUUGGUUCAAUGGGGUAUCUUGGCAUUCUAUAUUACAGCAAAGUGUCGAUCCUCCUUAUAUACCAAAUGUAUCACUGGAAAAGGAGUUGGAUGAGUUGAUGCCAACAAGUCAAAAUAUACUAAAAAAGUGUUCCAAAUGCAUGUUUCAAUCGGAAUUUUCAGAUUUUUAAGAUAUAUCACGUUUGAUUCUAUUAUAUUUUAACCUUGUGUUCCCUUUGCUGAUAUAUUCGUCCAAGUAAUACUUUCAUAGAAAGAUAACAUGUUUCUGUACGGAUGUUUCGAUGGCGGAAACGUGGAAAAGUUUUAUACACAGUAUUGUGUAUUUGUAUAUCCAUUAGGGUUUUAAUAUUUUUAUUACAAUUUUGUUUAUUGGAGAUACAAAUCAGUUAUAUUUUUCGGGUUCUCUCAAAAAGGAGUUUUUAAAUUUCUUUUAAUUAAUAUGUGAGACUAUGUUUAAUUUAUGUUUGGGGAGAAUUUUGUUCGAAAUCUAACCUUUUUUGAUAGCCUCUUUAUGAUCUACGAUUGUAAUAAGGCUGAAAGAUGGUUAAAACGAUUUUAUUAUCAUUUAAGAUUUUUAUCGUUUCUAGUUUUUUUGCCUAUAGUUUUCUUUAGUGUUAUCGCUACACUUAGAAUUAUAUUACAUAUAAUUAGAAUUUAUUAUAUCCUGAUAGGCAAUAUAUGUAUAAA